AUGCUCCUUUCAGACAACAACCGCCUCAUCUACUGCUACGAUGGCGAAACGCUCUGGAUCGAGCCCUGGGGUCCAAACGCCCUUCGCGUGCGGGCUACCAAGCAGGCCCAGAUGCCAGGCGAGAACUGGGCGCUGCAGAUCGACCCAACAGCGCCCGUGAAGCCAUCCAUCAGCGUGACCGAGCGCGAAGGAACGCUCACCAACGGCGCUAUCAAGGCCGUCAUCAGCGCGCGCGGCAAACUCAUGAUCUACAACGCCCUGUCGGGGAAACUGCUGCUGGAGGAGUACAUGCGCAACCGGAACGAUGUGUCGGACCCCAAGUGCAGCGCCCUCCAGGUCGAGGCGCGCGAGUUCCGCCCCAUCCCCGGCACCGACGACUACCAUCUCACCGUCCGCUUCGAGUCGCUCGACCGCCACGAGAAGAUCUUCGGCAUGGGCCAGUACCAGCAGCCGUACCUGGACCUGAAGGGGCUAGACCUGGAGCUGGCGCAGCGCAACUCGCAGGCCAGCGUGCCGUUCGCCAUCUCGUCGCGGGGGUACGGGUUCCUGUGGAACAACCCCGGUGUCGGCAGGGCGGUGUUCGGGAAGAAUGUCAUGUCGUUCGAGGCGUAUUCGACGAAAGUCAUGGACUACUGGGUUGUUGCAGGCGAUACUCCCAGCGCGCUCGUCGAGACGUAUGCCUCUGUCACCGGCACGGUGCCCAUGAUGCCCGAGUAUGGCCUGGGCUUCUGGCAGUGCAAGCUGCGGUAUCAGACGCAGGAGGAGCUGCUGGAAGUAGCGCGCGAGUACAAGCGCCGCAAUCUGCCGAUUGAUCUCAUUGUCAUUGACUUCUUCCACUGGCCGCUGCAGGGUGAGUGGAAGUUUGAUCCCACGUACUGGCCGGAUCCAGAUGCAAUGAUCCGUGAACUCCGCGACAUGAACAUCGAGCUGAUGGUCUCCAUCUGGCCGACCGUCGACAAACGCUCCGAAAACUACGACGAGAUGGUGGAGAAGGGCUACCUGAUCCGCAUGGACCGCGGCAUCCGCACGGCGAUGAACUUCCAGGGCGAGACAGUGCAUUUUGACGCCACGAACCCAGGCGCCCGAGACUAUGUCUGGAACAAGGCCAAGAAGAACUACUACGACAAGGGCGUGCGCGUGUUCUGGCUGGACGAGGCCGAGCCGGAGUACAAUGCGUACGACUUCGACAACUACCGCUACUACCUCGGGUCGAAUCUGAGCAUCGGCAACAUCUACCCGGUCGAGUAUGCGCGAGCCUUCUACGAGGGCAUGACGCAGGCUGGCCAGAAGAAUGUGGUCAAUCUGCUGCGCUGCGCCUGGGCGGGCUCUCAGCGGUACGGCGCGCUCGUCUGGAGCGGCGACAUCGCGUCGUCCUGGGAGUCGUUCCGCUGCCAGCUGGCGGCAGGGCUGAACAUGGGGCUGGCAGGGAUUCCGUGGUGGACGACAGACAUCGGCGGCUUCCACGGCGGCGAUCCACGGGACGAGGGUUUUCGCGAGCUUUUCGUGCGCUGGUUCCAAUGGGGCGCCUUCUGUCCGGUGAUGCGUCUGCACGGUGACCGCGAGCCGCGACAACCGCAGCAUGGGACGACGGGAGGCGCCGCCUGUCGGUCUGGAGCGCCGAACGAGGUGUGGUCGUAUGGCGAGAAAGUGUACGACAUCUGCGUGAAGUACCUGCGGAUCCGCGAGCAGCUGCGCGAUUACACCCGUGGACUGAUGAAGGACGCGCACGAGAAGGGCACUCCGGUCAUCCGACCGCUGUUUUACGAUUUCCCGGACGAUGAGCACGCCUGGUCUGUGGAAGAUCAGUACAUGUUCGGGGCGAAGUAUCUCUGCGCGCCGGUGCUCUAUCCAGGGCAGAAGAAGCGCAGCGUCUACCUGCCAGCUGGAAAGUGGACUUUCUUCCCCGAUGGAAGUAUUGCUGCUGCGGACAACAAACCGUCUGUAUCGUACGACGGGCCGCAGACUGUCGAGGUCGACUGUCCGAUUGAGAGCAUGCCGGUCUUUAUCCGGCAGGAAGAGCUAGUUGUGCGGAGCAGCUAG